UAGAUUGGCGGCGCCACAUGUACAUGUAAUGUAGAAAUAACGUUCCCGCGCAAACGAGCGCCGACCUAACUGUCGCCGCCAAAAUAUCGGAUGUACAUACGCAUAACCGUUGUCGAAUAGGGUAGAGGUUCAUUCGCUGUUUGGUAUUGCGAGGAGAAGCAUCGUUCAUUGUUCGUGUUUAAAAGUUUUAAGAAAAUUCAUUAAAAGAUGUCUGGACGCGGUAAAGGUGGAAAGGCUAAGGGAAAGGCGAAGACCCGCAGUAGUAGGGCAGGGCUGCAAUUCCCUGUCGGAAGAAUCCAUCGUCUUUUGAGAAAAGGAAAUUAUGCAGAACGAGUUGGAGCUGGAGCUCCUGUGUAUUUGGCCGCUGUAAUGGAAUAUUUGGCGGCUGAAGUACUCGAGUUAGCCGGGAACGCCGCAAGAGACAACAAGAAGACGAGGAUAAUUCCACGUCAUUUGCAAUUAGCUAUUCGCAAUGACGAGGAAUUGAAUAAAUUACUCUCUGGUGUAACGAUUGCUCAAGGUGGUGUCCUGCCUAACAUUCAAGCAGUACUUUUGCCGAAGAAAACUGGUACUGGUGGAUCUGGAAAAGGAGACAAAGCGUCCCAGGAAUAUUAAUAAUCCUUAGAAUAAUAUUUCUAACUUAACAAUACUUUAGGGCUAUACCUUUGUUUUUUGAGCUAUUAAAAAAAAAAAAAAAUAAGUAACCUUUAAAACCUAUCAAAUUACAAUCACUAUUCUAUCAAUAUACAUUGUGAAUAAUCUUAAUUAAUAGUGCAAUCUACUAUUUCAUUACUAAAUAAUAUUUUUUAUUUAGCUUAUGUAAUAGUAAAAUGCAUUUUUUUUAAGAUACAUUUCUUUUUUGACUUAUGCUUAAGAUUUAUUAUUUAAUUAUCAUUAUUAUAUUCAUUUUGUUUUGUUCCUUCUGAUCAUAUAUUAAAUUCUUAGUGAUAUUUUAUAAACUAUGAAUAUAAAAUGAAAACUGAUGUAUUAAAUGUUUUUGUUGACUGUAAACAAUAUUUAGAGUGAAAAUAAAACAUCAUUACUCUAUA